AUGUGCAAAACAUAUCAAUUCAAACUAGUAUUAUUAGGUGAAUCAGCCGUUGGUAAAUCUAGUUUAGUAACUCGUUUUGUAAAAGACCAUUUUGAUGAAUAUAGGGAAAGUACUAUUGGAGCUGCUUUCCUUGCACAAACAAUUGCUUUGGAUGAUAAUACUACAGUCAAAUUUGAAAUUUGGGAUACUGCUGGUCAAGAGAGAUAUAAAAGUCUCGCACCCAUGUAUUAUAGAGGAGCCAAUUGUGCUGUAGUUGUUUAUGAUAUCACUCAAGCUUCUUCUUUGGAUAAAGCCAAGUCUUGGGUAGAUGAAUUACAGCGUCAAGCUGAUCCUGAUAUUGUUAUUGCUCUUGCUGGUAAUAAAACUGAUCUCGAAGCUCGACGAGCCAUUGAUACAAAGACUGCUCAAGAAUACGCUGAUGAAGCUGGUUUGUUAUUCUUUGAAACAUCUGCCAAAACGGCUCAUAAUGUCACCGAACUCUUUACAGCUAUUGCAAAACGUAUGCCUCUUGAACAACUUGCCAAUAAUAACGGUCGCGCUGGAAGAAGAGGAUUGAAUACUCGUGGUGAAGUGGAUUUGGAUCGUGCGAACAAUACAUCUGAUGGUUGUGCCUGUUGAAAGUUUUUGUCAUCUUUAUUUCUUUUUUUUUAUUCCCCUCUUUUCUUUUUUUUUUUUUU